AUGCAGGAGCACCUUUCAGAAACAUCGACUAUUUUGGCCACUGAGAUUUUGACAACACAGCUAGACCUGAAUUUUUCAUUUUGUCCUGAAAAUGCCACCAUCUGCAAUGGGACUUCAUGUGUACAGCCUACUGAUGAUGAGUUCAACCGAAUUCUGAAUACCGUAUUGAGUACCGUCCUCACCAUCAUGUUGGCACUGGUGAUGUUCUCAAUGGGUUGCAAUGUGGAGCUAAAGAAAUUCUUAGGACACAUUCGAAGGCCAUGGGGCAUAAUGGUUGGUUUCCUCUGCCAGUUUGGAAUUAUGCCUCUCACUGGCUUUGUGCUGUCAUAUGCUUUCAAUGUGCUACCAAUACAAGCCGUUGUUGUGAUCAUCAUGGGAUGCUGUCCUGGUGGAACUGCAUCCAAUAUUUUAGCUUACUGGGUAGAUGGCGACAUGGAUCUAAGCAUCAGUAUGACAACAUGUUCAACCUUGCUGGCCUUGGGAAUGAUGCCACUUUGUCUCCUUGUGUAUACCAAAAUUUGGACAGACUACAACUCCAUUUUGAUCCCUUAUGAUAGUAUUGGUAUUUCACUGGUAGCACUUGUCAUUCCUGUUUCUGUUGGGAUAUUUUUUAAGCAUCGAUGGCCCACCAAAGCUAAAAUCAUAUUGAAGGUUGGCUCCAUAAGUGGUGCAGUUCUCAUUGUGAUCAUAGCUGUGGUUGGAGGAAUAUUGUACAAAGGUUCAUGGACAAUUACGCCUCAGCUUUGGAUUGUUGGAACCAUCUUUCCAGCAGCUGGCUAUUCACUAGGUUUUUUUCUGGCCCGUGUAGCUGGACAGCCUUGGCAUAGAUGCCGUACAGUGGCUCUCGAAACAGGAAUGCAGAAUACACAGCUUUGCACAACUAUAGUGCAACUCUCUUUCACCCCUGAGCAGUUAGCCCUGAUGUUCACUUUCCCACUCAUCUACAGUAUUUUCCAGCUUGGUUUUGCGGCAAUGAUUUUGGGAGCAUACCGGAUACACAAAAAGUAUUUUGCUGAUCGAAGGACAGACCUAACAGAGAAGGAAAAUGUAGAUGAAUCAAUUCCAGCAUCGAAUUACUCAACUAUGAAUGGAGGAUUUACAUUGGAAGAACCAGUAGAAUCCCCUGUGUCAGUGACUGCUAAUGGGAAAGUAUAA